GUGCACCUUUGUCCUUUCGACCUUCAUAUACACUUUCCACUAAUACACUGGCCUGACUUUUCGCGAGGCAAAAAACUACAAAUACGCCCACUAUUACUAUGGAAAACAUGGAACGCGUCGAGGAGCACAAGAACCAUGACCAAGGGCAGUGCACAGGUGUACCUUCCGAGCUUGACACACCGGUGAGCACCAGCGAUGACACCGCCCCCUCGACUGUUUCCGUAUCAGGAUCAGAAGCAGACGAUGUAUCUGCGGCGCCCAAGCACAAUGAGGACCACCUAUCGAGUACAGGACUCAAUAUCGAAGCAGCAACACCGACUGAAGCAUUACCAACGACUUUCGGAGCAGGUUCAGAAGCACAGCUCGUGAGCGUGGUCGGCGACAAGUCGGUGCGGUCGGAUAUUCCACUCAGGAUCCUUCAGCAGCUCUACCUGCCCAACCAGUCCAAUUCGUAUAGGACAAUCAACCUCAAGGACAAUACCUUGUCGUUUCCACACUCGCCUUCGUUCCCAGGUGUCAAGGCACUGCCGGACCAUGAGCGGAAACGAAUCUUGGUCACUGGAGGAGCAGGCUUUGUGGGUUCACAUCUCGUCGAUCGACUGAUGCUCAUGGGCCACGAGGUCAUUGUGCUCGACAACUUUUUUACGGGAAACAAGCGCAAUGUCCAGCACUGGAUGGGUCACCCUCACUUUGAACUCAUUCGACACGACGUGGUCGAUCCGUUCAUGAUCGAGGUCGAUCAGAUCUACCACCUAGCCUGCCCUGCCUCUCCACCUCACUAUCAGUACAACCCCAUCAAAACCGUCAAGACCUCUGUCAUGGGUACGAUCAACAUGCUGGGACUUGCCAAGCGAACGAAGGCCCGCUUCCUCUUGACCUCAACAUCCGAGGUCUACGGAGAUCCUGAAGAGCAUCCUCAAAAAGAGACAUAUUGGGGCCAUGUCAAUCCCAUUGGGCCUCGCGCCUGCUAUGACGAGGGAAAACGCGUGGCGGAAACCUUGACGUAUUCAUAUAUGCAUCAAGAUGAGGUCGACGUUCGGGUGGCUCGAAUUUUCAACACAUUCGGCCCAAGGAUGAACGAAAACGACGGCCGCGUGGUCAGUAACUUUAUCAUGCAGGCGCUCAGGGGGGAUGAACUCACCAUCUAUGGGGAUGGACAGCAAACACGGUCGUUCCAAUAUAUCCACGAUCUGGUCGACGGACUGAUCCUGCUCAUGAACAGGAACUACACAGAGCCCGUCAACCUCGGCAACCCGGAGGAGUACACGAUCCGGGAGUUUGCAGAGAUGAUCCGGAAUGAAAUCAAUGCCGAUGUCGAGAUCAUGAGUCUGCCGCCGACGGAGGACGAUCCGCAGAGGCGGCGGCCGGACAUUGGAAGGGCACAGCGGCACCUGAACUGGGCACCCAAGUUUUCGGUCUAUCAGGGCAUCCGCGAGACCGUCCAGUAUUUCAAGAACAACAAGAUGGAGCAAACGCGGUACUCUUCUAGCUAAAUCGCGUGGAAAUAAACACACACACACACACACGUACAUCAACAAACUACACCAUCCCUUGGAGUAUGCCGUGUAUAGAAGAAACUGAACAAAAGGGGGGUGCGGAGCAAAUUAGUUUAGCCUGAAUCACAGCGUUUAUAACCAACCGUGUGCGAGAUGUUGCAGACCAUCCGUGGUAUGUACGAACCUUGUACUUGGUGUAUUCAGAAAACGCGCGCGCCGCGCGGUCGUAACAAUCAUUGCCUCAUAGCCCUCAUGG